GUUGCUAAUCGGGUUUGUGAGAUGGCGACUGAUUUGAAAACACAGUUGAUUGAAAGAGCAAAAGAUUUUGUUGCAUACUCCCUUGCCAUGGAUGAAACUACUGACGCGACUGACACUGCACAGCUGGCGAUAUUCAUCCGUGGAGUGGAUUCCAAUUUGUGCGUAACAGAAAUACUGGACAUUAAAUCGAUGCACAGGACAACGAAAGGAGAAGACAUCUUUGGAAAUGUUUUUCAAAGUGUAACCGACAUGAGACUGCCAUGAAAACUUGUUGGACUUACAACAGAUGGCGCACCUGCGAUGUGUGGUGAAAAAAAUGGACUGGUGGGAAGGAUGCGUUCAAAGAUGCGGGAGGAGAACUGUGCCGGUGAGUUGACAGUAUAUCACUGCAUCAUACACCAGGAAUCGCUGAGUGCUAAAGUCCUAAAAAUGGAUCAUGUGAUGAACACUGUAACACAAACCGUCAACUUUAUCAGAGCCCACGGUUUAAAUCACCGCCAAUUCCAGUCUUUUUUGCGGGAAAUAGAUUGCGAGUUUGGCGAUAUGCCGUAUCAUACUGAGGUCCGGUGGCUAAGUCGGGGAAAAGUUCUCAAAAGACACUUUGAGCUGCGAGAGGAAAUCUGACAGUUCAUGGACAGUAAGGGGAAAGACUGCACAGUUUUGCCGGAUGAAAAGUGGAAAUGUGAGUUGGCGUUCCUGGCUGACAUAACGUUGCAUCUUAGCGCUUUAAACCUUCAACUCCAGGGACGGGAGCACAUAAUAACUGAUAUGCAUGAUGCAGUGAAGGCAUUUCAAGUGAAGCUGCGCUUAUGGGAAACACAAAUGCACCAAUGCAACUUGUCUCACUUUCCCUGUUGCCAAGUAAUACUGAACCAAGAAAGUGCCACAGUUUUCCCAAAUAGCACCUUUGCUGAAAAACACAGCGCGCUGCGCACUGAGUUCGCACGGCGCUUCAGUGACUUUGAGGCACAGACAAGUAAUUUCGAGCUGCUUCGCAACCCAUUUGCCGUCGACGUGGAAACCGCACCAGUAGAAAUGCAGAUGGAGCUGAUAGAACUGCAAUGUAACGGGACACUGAAGGCAAAGUACACUGCGGGGCCAGCACAGUUCACUCGCUUCCUUCCUGAAGCGAUGCCGCAGCUCCGCCAACAUGCGGCUCGCAUCCUGUCCAUGUUUGGCAGCACAUAUCUGUGCGAGCAGCUGUUCUCUGUGAUGAACAUUAACAAAACGUCACACAGGAGCCGCCUCACUGAUGAACACCUGCAAUCCAUCCUGAGAAUCUCCACAACACAGAACCUAACCCCAAACAUAAACCAACGUGUUGCAAAGAAAAGACUCCAAGUAUCAGGCUCUGACUAA